AUCGUACUAUGUUGAGUAGUACGUACAAGUACAGAUGAAGGCAGCACUUUCCAAUCGGACCCCUACUGCUCAAGUGUUCUAUCUACUCGUUUCACCGUCACUAACAUCGUUCCGCUCCGUAGGGCAGCUAGAAAUGCUGGUAGUAAACAAUACUGAAACCGUAUACAGGUGCUGCGGCUGCGAAGCCUCCCUAGCUACCAUGGAUACAGCACUGACUGCCGACACCGCUGCACCAGUUGUCGUCGCCGAUAGAACGCCGUCUGCGUCCCUAGACGUCGUUGUUUCUGCGGCUGCAGCUAAUUCUGACGGAUCUCCUGUUUCAGCUCUAGAUGCCGCUUAAACUGUUCCUGCCGCUGCCAACGAUCGACCACAAGAUACUGGUUUUUUUGAGAAAGCGCCUGGUACUGCUGCAGUCAGCACGGUCAGUCCGGAGAUUGACGUCAGUUUGAAGCCGCCUGUGACCGGCGCUGCCAAAAGAACUAAGGCCAAGAAGGAUGGUGGUUGUGGGUCUGGCUCGUCGAAACAUUCUACUCGUAAACGUCGAGGAUCUGCCAGGACCAAGAAAUCAUCUACGAAGCGAACUCGCCCGAUUUUUGUUAUACGGAAGAGGAGGAAGAGGUUAUAACGGACACGAGUGAUGGUGUUCCGGAUGUUACCGACCUUUCAGUUCCGGAUAUCGCCGACCUAGUUCCGGAGGUUACUGAAGAAACUAUUCCGGAUUAUGACAGUCCAUAUCAGCCUCCGGAU